AUGUCGCAAUCCACGACCGCGAUACUGCGACUUCCCGAUGAGCUCCUGGUCAGCAUCACUGGCGGAGUCGAAACCGUAGACCUCCACGCUCUGUCGCUCACUUGUCGUCGUAUGCGUCCAAUAGCACAAGAAGGUCUUAUCAAACGAGCGACUGUCGGGCCGGCAAACCUGUGGAAGCUGAACGCGAUGUUGCGAAUUCACCCAGAUCUGGUCACGUCCUUCACCCAUCUUCGUCUCGGACCAAUGACGAUGGACGUAGCGCGUGAUUCAUACCGAAAAGACUUCACCGCAUGGAAAAUCAGCAGGGGUUGCUAUGAGCAUAGCACGACAGACGCGGAAAGAUCGACAGUAUGCUUUUUCGAGAGCAUGACCGUUCUCUUUACUCUUGCGCAAAGUCUGAAGGCUACAUCCUUCAAUGGGAUGUCCGGCACCAUCUUCGAUGAUGUCAAAGACACAUAUCAUCAGUUCGUCCGUCCCAACAAGCCUGCAACCAUAUCAACGCAUCAACCAAUCCGACAAGCGAGAUCGGAGCUUCAAGCGCGACUCGAGGAGAUCAAUGUCGAAGUUAGUCUUGUCAGUGAAUAUCUGCACAACGGUCUGAUCAUGGGCCUGGACCCGGUAGACUUUUCAAGUCUCAAGCGGCUGGUGAUCCCAUACCAAUACCUAUUCGACAAGCUAUGCAUCCACGACAGGGUUACAUUCGGACAUCGCAUUCGUGAUCCAGCAACGGCUGAGCUUCGCCAUGUACUCCCUUCAUCCCUCGAGUCUCUCCGCACACAGUGGCUCGACAAUCUGAUAGCUGAUGAUGUCAACUUUCCAAGAUUGCGCGAAGUCCAGCUGCUGUAUCCGUAUAACAUCGUCUCCAUGGGCUGGCAUUAUAGAUCCAUUCCCUAUUCCAACAACAAGGAGUUCCCGGCUGCGCUUCGGAGAUGGCGGGCAUCGCGUGUUGACCUGACCACCGCGUUUGGCACUACUAAAUUCCGCGAGAUACGAUGGGAGGAACCGAGCGGUAACCUGACUACCGCCUUGGCGACCAGGAAACUUUACGCGGACGCGAGACAGCCAGAAAGGCAUUAUAGCACCGGUGAUCUCAUUCCUGUCAUCGAGAAGUGUCUGGCCACUACACAUGAUCAGUUGGAGAAGGAACCUGAGAUGAUGGCAGCACUUGGCUAUGUACUAAGGUCUCCUUGA